AUGGCAUUAUCUCUGGAAGAAUUUUUCCACUCCCUUGACCUCAGGACCCUCCCCAGGGUCUUAGAAAUACAGUCAGGCAUCUACUUAGAAGGGUCUGUUUAUGAAAUGUUUGGAAAUGAAUGCUGUUUGUCAACAGGGGAAGUGAUUAAAAUCACGGGUCUCAAAAUUAAGAAGAUCACAGCUGAGAUUUGUGAGAAUUCUAAAGGUUGUGAGUCUUUGCAACCAUUUGAGCUGCCCAUGAAUUUUCCAGGUCUCUUUAAGAUUGUGGCUGACCAAACUCCAUACCUUACUAUGGAAGAAAUUACAAGAACCUUUCAUAUUGGAUCCAACAGACUGGGACACCCUAGCUUCUAUCUUCUGAAUGAACUAAAACUAGAGAAUCUUAUCAUAAAGCAAGGUGAGCCAAUCACGCUCAGCUCACUAGAAGAGGUUGAUGGAAAAAUACUGGUGAAUUGUGAAGUGACAAGAAACCAUCAAAAGCACUCAUUCACCUUGCCUUUGUCACAGAAAGGAGAGUUCUAUGAGUGUGAAGAUGAACAUAUCUAUACCCUGAAAGAAAUUGUCCAAUGGAAGAUUCCCAAGAAUAGAACACGAAUGGUGCAACUUACAGAUUUCUCAAAUAAAUGGGACUCAACAAACCCGUUCCCUAAAGACUUCUAUGGUACUCUGAUUCUCAAGCCUGUUUACGAAAUUCAAGGCGUGAUGAAAUUUCAAAAGAACAUAGUUCGCAUUCUUCCCAGUUUAGAUGUUGAAGUCAAAGAUAUUACUGACUCUUACGAUGCUAACUGGUUCCUUCAGCUGUUAUCUAUGGAUGAUCUUCUAGAAAUGACCAGAAAAGAAUUUCCCAUAGUGGCUGAAGUCGUAGAAGCACCCCAAGGAAACGAACUACUCAAAAGUAUUUUACAGCCUGGGAAAACCAUUGUGAUCCACAAAAAGUACCAGGCUUUAAGGAUCUUAGCUUCAGAGAUUCGAAGCAAUUUCCCUAAAAGACACUUCUUGAUCCCCACCAGCUACAAAGGCAAGUUCAAGCGGAGACCACGUGAGUUUCCAACUGCCUAUGACCUGCAGAUAUCUAAGAGUGAGGAAGAGCCCCUCCAUGUGGUGGCCACCAACGCCUUUCAUGCCCCUCAUGAAGAGUUGUCAUCUGUCUCUGUUGGGGACCAGUUUCUAGUGUGUCACUCAGAGACCACUGAAGUUCUCUGUGAGGGGAUCAAAAGAGUGAAAGUUCUGGCCUGUGAAAAAAUCCUCAAAAGGUCUUAUGAGGCAGCAAGGCUCCCUUUGUACGUGGAAGGAAGGUUCAUAGAGGUGAUUCAAGAUAAGAAACAGUACCAGAUUUCUGAGCUCCGGAAGCAGUUUCGCUUGCCCUUUAACGUGAAGGUGUCUGUAAGAGACCUUUCCAUUAAAGAUGACAUUUUGGCAGCUACCCCAGGACUGCAGCUGGAGGAGGAUAUCACAGACUCUUACUUGCUCAUAAGUGACUUUGCCAACCCCAUGGAAUGUUGGGAAAUUCCCACCGGCCGCUUCACUAUGACUGUUCAGUUAGUUGAUACUCAGUUUCUGCAGACAGAGUCAUUUCUUGUCAGAGCUCUGACAGAAGAGAUUACAGAAGAACAAUAUUACAUGAUGCGGAGAUAUGAAAGUUCUCUCUCCCAGCCCCCACCUCGGCCUCCCAAGCGUCCUUCAGUCAUGGAAAGCAAGCUAGCCUUGCUCACCUUAACAGAGGGAAGUACGAUGAACACGCCAAAGUCUCCAAAGAGUCAUCAUGCAGACAUAUCCAAGAAACUUCCCCCAAAUCAAGCUGGCCUGGAUUCAAGAGUACCAGUUGGUUGUCAGAAUGAUUUGGCUGAUGGGGAAAGACAGAAAAGCAAGAGUGGACCACACAGUAGCAGGCACCACUGUGACUGACUACAGAAAUCUUCAAAACUGGAAAACAUCAAAAAUAACAAGAUGUGACGGAAGCCACUUGGGCAGUGAGCAUAAAUGUUUCAAUGGAGAAGGAAGCCUAGCCUUCUAGCUGAAAAACUAUU